AUGGACAUUGUCAACGAAAUUCUCGAAAGAGAGCAAAAGAAAGCUGAAAAAUACAAACCAAUCACAGUAGAAAAACAUUUGGAAGUAGAGUUUGACGUUGGAACACUUUUGGCUUCAGAUACUAACGAUUUGGAUUCAAAGGCCUUACAGUCUGAUGAGGAAAGGGAUAACUAUCUACAAGAAUUAGCUCGUGAUAAUACACAAUUGUUAUUAAACAAAGUUUGGGAGUUGCCAACAGAGAGGAUAGAUGAAGCAAUAGUAGUUAGGUUACCAGCACCAAAAACUAUAUUGCCUAGGUCUAAACCAGUCCCCAAGCCGAAGCCCUUAACUAAAUGGCAAGAAUUUGCUAAAUCUAAGGGAAUUACAAACAAAAAGAAAGACAAAUUGCAUUGGGAUGAACAGUUACAGAAAUGGGUGCCAUUGUUUGGAUUCAAGAGAGCAGCAGCUGAGAAAGAGAAGAAUUGGCUAAUAGAAGUACCACAGCACAUUGAUCCAAUGACAGAUAUGUAUGAGAAGAAAGCUAGUGAAAAAUCGGAAAAAGUAGCCAAGAAUGAACUGCAAAGGCUGAAAAACAUUGCCAGAGCCAGAAAGGUUAAAGUACCAAGGGUUGGACUGCCUGUGACAUCUGAUAAAGCAAAUGCUCAACAGCUUGCUACUGCAGCUGUAGUUGCGAAAGCCUCAACUGCCUCACUUGGUAAAUUCCAAGACAAACUCCCAAAAGAGAAAGAAGCCCGUGGCAAGGGGAUUCAUGAACUUAUACCUGGCAAAGAAAGGAAACGAAAGGCACCUAUUCCAACACCUCAGGCAGAAAAAGAAAACAAUCUAAAUCUCAUAGACAAAAUAUUAAAUAAAAGACCAAAAAUUGAUAUGGACAAAGCAGUUUCAAAGCAUAUAAAUAAUGAACAAUUGCAGAGGUCGGAGGAGAAGAAAACUGUCAAACUAGGAAAGGGAAAACGGAAGAUUAAGGGUGGCAAUGCAACUAAUUUCACAGCCAAGAAGCCUAAAGGUGGAAAAGGUCAAAGAAAUCCAAACAAAAAGAAUCCAGGACGAAAGAGGCGG